AUGGAUACUCCACCUGUCGUCAAUAAUGACCUCUCUGCUAAGCUGCCCGUGGAGACACCACACAGUGCAGCUGACCACGGUAACUCUAUUUCAGCAACUCAGCAGGUCGAAAUCGAAAUAUAUGAAAAGCUUAGAUCCUAUCCGUUCCACACAGAUAGCGAGUUUGCAAAGGGCCUUGCGAUUAUCCUCAGUCACCCGGAUAUCCCUGCAACUGAAACAGAGAUCGGCCGCAACGACGACCUUGUCUUACAAGCCAAAUGCUUCUAUUUUUCG